AUGAGGGAUUUGGCGAGAAAUGUUUACUACAGACAAAACAUGGAUCACUCACAUUCUCCCUUUCAAUCCAGAUAGUCGAAUCCUCUCAAUUCUAGCAUGAUAUCUUAAUCAGGUGGAAACCCUACAAGCACUAAGAAUUAACCAUUUCAACAGUCUCAAUCGCCUGUUUCUCGGAAAUUACUUAAAGAUCCGAAUUUUCACACUUUUGACUUUAAAAAUCAACAGACUUCUCCUCUGAAAAAAGAUAAGCUAUCAACACUCUUAUAAAAGAAAAAGUCGUAACAAAAUGAUUCUCCUGGUUAGUAAAUUAAUAGUAAGUAACUUGGCUAGACACAGUUCAAUAAAUAUAAGAGAAGAAAUGUGUCUAAUAACAACAAUAAUAAAAGUAAUCAUUCAUCUGUUGGAAGAUAAGAGGGCCAAAUUUAGACAAGCUCUAAUUUUACAACCUAGCAUGAUACUAACUCCUCAAUCUAAUAAAAGCCUUAGCAUAAAUUCGAAAACGUUAGAGAAACAUCUAAAGGGAAAGUCAAGAGCAAGAAGAAAUUUUUGAAUGCUUACAAGUCAAAAGAAAAUAAGAUGAAUCCGCUAGAUGUGUAAGCAUCAAAACUUAACACUAAUAGUUCUAAUGCCGAUUAUACAUCAUCAUAGCCUGUGCUAAUUAACAUCUAAACUUAUGGUCAUAAUAGCACAAGUGACUAUCAAUCAAAUAACAGAAAUGUGCUAAUAGAAUUAGCGCAAAAUAAACAAAUAGUUGAGUGGGUAACUUCAAUGGUAAAUUACCAUAAGCAAAAGUCUGAAGAGAAAAAGGUGAUUGAUUUAUACUUACAAUGCUUGUACAAGGUAUUGUUUCCUGAAUAGAAAUCAGAUAUAAAGAUGGCCUAAAUACUCAACGACCUACUAGAUCAAGUAGGUUUUAGUAAAUAUGCUUUUCAAAGCUAGUUUUAAUAGACUUUGGUUUUCCUUAAGAAAGUCAUUGUUGAAAUAGAGAACAUCAUGAAUAAUGAAUUUGAUUAAGUUGCUGAAAAGAUUCUCAUCAAACUGCAGGAUGUUGCAAAAAUACUUAAUUUAAACCAGGUAAUUACUCAUACUCUAGUAUAGAAUACUCAGCAAGUCAUCCCUCACAGAAAAGAGAGCAGUAUAUGCUCAUUUCCAAAUAACAUAACAGUUUCAGAAAUAGAAGAGCCAUUAAUGUCCACAUACCCAGUUAGCAUUGACAUGAAUAAGUAUCACUAGCCUACGAGUUCAUUCUAGGACUAUGUAGAUCCUAAAAGCUUGAGAAUUUCCAUGCAUUCCACUUCACAGAUUUACAACCUAGAGAGUCACAGAAACAACUCAUAGGAGCGCUUGGAUUUGAUGAGAUAGUCAAAUCCAGUUGUUGAAAGAAGGCAACUUAUUAACGAACCAAAGAGCAUGGAAGCAAAAAUAGGGCUUUUUUAAGAAAAGUUUGAGUAAAGUAAGCUGGUUCAUGACAAUCAUCAAUAGUUACAUAUCACAAGUCAGUAAUAGUAUUAGUAGUAGUAGAAUUUACUAUAGUCAUCAUUCAAUUACCCUUAGCAGUAAAUUCAUGAUAAGUAUAGAAGUCAGUCUGAAGGCCAGAAAUUGAUCAAACAUAUAGAAGAAUCUUUGGAAUCAAUAUCAUAGUAUAUGAAAUUUUCAGAUUCAAGUCAAUCUUUGUCCAAUACUAUGCAAAAUAUGAAUAAUCAACUCUCAAAUCAGAAUUCAUUUACAAGAAGCAAAUUAAGUUUGACAUAGAUGCUGAAUUAGCAGUCACCAAUCAAAGAAACUAGGGAUAAGAGUAGAGAUUCACAAAAUAACACAGGAGAUAGAUUAGUUCAAAGCAAUGGAAAUAGAAUACUUGAUGAAUAAGUACAGAGAUUGAAGCAUGAACGACUAAUGUAUGAAGAUGAGAAAAGAAAUCUUUAAAACCAGCUUGAUGAAGCAAUAGUCAUUAAUACAAAGUUACUAGAGAAGGUGAAAAGACUAGAGGGUCAGAUACGAGAACUGCUUCAUAAUAGGUCGCAGUGA